CUUGCGAUUGUCUUUCUGUGAAUCCAGGCUGAGGGUCAGGUCCAGAAAUACUGCUUCCACGUAUUUUGAGGUAGCAUACAGCCAAUUCUGGGUGUGCAUGCGUGCAGAUAUGUCCCUGUACAGAUUUGGAGUGGAACCCAUAACGUGUCAUGCGUGGAACAAAGACCGAACACAAAUCGCAAUCAAUUCAAACAACCACAAAGUUUUUAUUUAUCAGAAGAACAAGAACGAGUGGAAGAAGGUUCACGAACUGGCUGAGCACAGUGGUCACGUCACAGGGAUAGAUUGGGCCUCGACCACCGAUCGGAUUGUGACCUGUGGCGUGGACCGGAAUGCAUAUGUCUGGUCUCUAAAGGAUGGGGUGUGGAAACCGACCUUGGUCCUACUCCGUAUUAACCGGGCGGCCACCUGUGUGAGGUGGUCACCACUGGAGAACAAGUUCGCUGUGGGGAGUGGAGCCAGAUCCGUCUCUGUGUGUUAUUUCGAUAAGGAAAACGACUGGUGGCUGAGUAAGCACAUCAAGAAAUCCAUCAGGUCGACUGUGCUUACACUGGAUUGGCACCCAAACAAUACCAUUCUGGGCGUUGGCUCAUGUGAUUUCAAGUGCAGAGUGUUCUCAGCCUAUGUCAAGGAUAUUGAAGAGAAACCUGCCCCGACAGCCUGGGGAACACGGAUGCAGUUUGGGGAGCUUCUGUUUGAGCAGAAAGAGAGUGGGGGGUGGCUGCACGGUGUGUGUUUCUCCUCCAGUGGAAACUGUCUUGCCUGGGUCAGCCAUGACAGCACAAUAUCAGUUGUGGAUGCCAGCAAAAACAAAGUAGUGACCCAACUGAAGACAUCAUUCCUUCCUCUGCUCAGUGUGCUGUUCCUCAGCGAGAGCCAUCUUGUGACCGCAGGUCAUGACUCCUGCCCCUUUCUCUUUUCAUACACGGAUCAAGGCAACUUGAGCUUUGUGACCAAAAUUGAUGUCCCAAAGCAAAGCUCCCAGCAAAGCCUGUCAGCCAUGCAGCUCUUUCGCAACCUGGACAAGAAUGCCAUGGUCAAGCAGGAGGACAAGUCCCUGGAAACUCUGCACAAGAACACCAUCAGUCAGCUUUCUAUUGUCGCAGGAGACAAGGCUAAUGUGACCACCUUCAGCAGUAUUGGAUUUGAUGGUGCAAUGGUUACCUGGGACUUCAGGGCUCCCAGCGUUUAGAAGCACAUCCUUGAAGGACACCACAGGCUCCACUCACGAAUAUGGAUCUUCUAAUCUAAUAGCACAACAAAAGGAUUUGAGCACUCAAUGGUACAUCCUAUGGUACAUUGCUCCCCCCUACCUCUGCGACCUCCUAACC